UAGAAAUCCUUUGCUGCGAUGUCGUCGACGCCUAUGUGAACUCGUUGGACGACGAGACGGUUACAGUAAAAGCGAGAGAUCCUCUAUUGUUCAUCAUUUUCAACAUAACGGCAGCGUCAACAUUCAGCACAAAGUUCGAGGUCAACAGCCCGGACUUAGUGCAACUGGCCAACAUAAACCGAGGUCUGCCCGACAUGUCUCCGCUGCAGAGCGAUAUUGCCCCGUGGCUUGGCGUCUUGCAUUGGCGCCUGGAGAGGGCCUUUCGUCGCCACAUGAAUGAGCUGCUGGCACUGUUCAGGCGCCUGUACGACAAGGCCAAAGACGAAUAUGUUCAGGGUGAGGAACUCAACUUCGUACACGCUAUGUUGGCUGCCAGAGAGGAAGCCAUCGAACAAGACAAGAACGACGCCAUAUACUUGACCGAAAGAAACAUGAUGCAGAUUGUGAUGAACUUAUUCGAAGCGGGCCUAAACACUUCAGUGAGUGCCGCUGACUGGCUGCUUCUUGAGCUCGUGCGCAACCCGGACAUCGAGAAGAAAGUCCAGAGUGAAAUCGAAAUUAGUGAUUGGUACAUGCUCACACUGUGCCUGCCCAUACUGUCACUAAAAACAUUUUAUACGUUUUAAUACAGGUCCUUGAAAAAAAAACAAUGGUUGUGUAAGAUUUUCUUAAACUGUCAAAUAACAAGACAGUAAUGUCACAACUGCGGUCUUCGCUUAUUAGACGGACGGAAGCAGGCGCUGUCUGUCUAAGAGAUUUUGUGGACGCAUCACUUACGACCAAACUGCACGUUUACCCGUAUG